AUGGAGGGCAGUACGAUAGUCUAUGCCUUCAAUAAUAUUUAUUUUGCCAUUUUUGCUUUGUUUUUUUUCAAGCUAUUAAUUAAAAUCUCUUUGGCUUUAUUGACCCAUUUCUAUAUUGUGAAAGGGAACAGGAAAGAGGCUGCCAGGAUAGCAGAAGAGAUCUAUGGAAUAGCCCCAGGCUCAUGGGCAGAUAGGUCUCCUCUUCAUGAAGCUGCAUUUCAGGGACGCCUCCUGUCUUUGAAAACCUUGAUAGCACAGGGAUUCAAUGUGAAUAUUAUUACAAUAGACCGUGUUUCUGCUCUCCAUGAAGCAUGUCUCGGUGGCCAUGUCGCUUGUGCAAAAGUCUUACUGGAAAAUGGUGCUCGGGUCAAUGCAGUCACUGUAGAUGGGAUCACACCUCUCUUCAAUGCUUGCUGUAGUGGCAGUGCAGCGUGUGUCAACAUGCUCCUUGAAUAUGGUGCCAGGCCAGAACUGGAGAAUCACUUUGCUUCACCAAUUCAUGAAGCUGUAAAGAGAGGCCACAGAGAGUGUAUGGAAAUUCUCUUAGCCAAUAAUGUGGAUGUGGACCAAGAAGACCCACAACUUGGAACACCACUUUAUGUUGCCUGCAUGAAUCAGAGAAGAGACUGUGUCAAGAAGCUUUUAGAACUAGGAGCUAGUGUUGAUCUGGGUAAACGACUGGACACCCCACUCCAUGCAGCUGCUAGAAAAUCCAGUGCAGAAAUUGUCAACUUGUUAACAGACUAUGGAGCUAGCCUGCAGUGUAGAAAUUCUGAAUUCAAAUGUGCUCUUGACCUUGCUGUACCAAAUAGCUCUGUUGAACGGGCAUUGUUACUUCGGGAAGGCCCUCCAAGUCUUGCCCAGCUUUGUCGACUGUGUAUUCGAAAGUGCUUGGGUCGAUCAUGUCUUUUUGUGGUCCACAAACUAUACCUUCCUGAACAACUAGAAAAUUUCCUGUUGUUCCGAUAGUUUUAUGCUUGUGUGUGUAUUCUGAUUUUAAAAUUCAAAAAGAUCGUUUACUCUUAAAAUAUUAAGCAAGAUUGGGGGGGGGUGACCCAAAGGCAUGAACUACGCUGUGAUAUAGGUUCAAAAUAUUUCCAACUAAAUGCUACAAAGCUGAAGAAUGCAGUUACAGUCAGUGCUAAUACUGGUGGUCCGCCAUCUUGCCUUAACAAAGUCCAGUAGCAUUCAACAUUUUAAAAAAGGCAUUUUGUUCAAGAAACAAAUAAUGUUCUAGUGUAUUAGUUCCACACAUAGUUCUAGUCUAGUACCACACAUAAUUACUGGGCAUAUAUUUUAAUUUAAUUGUGUAGAGCUGCCUUUUUCAUCCUUGAACUAGAAGAGAAAACAAUAUCUACUAUGGAACACGUUUGUUGUAUGCCAAGAUGAAGGACCAUCAUCAGGUUUUUUGGGGUGAUGGUGCAGUACACCGCCAUCUUAUACUGCAACUCCACCCCACUAUUGUUGUGUUGCUUCAUUCAUUUUUUCUCUUCAAUGAGGAGAACCACAAACUGCUACUCACCAGAGAAGAAGCUACUACUGACCAAACAAAAACAGCUUCAUAGAUUGUCUCUUUAAAAUAUCAAUAUGUUCAUUUGUUAUCAUAUGAAAUGUUUGUAUCACUCAAUCUAUAUCCAAGUUGGCUAACCUGAGGCCCUCCAGCUGUUGCUGGGCUACAACUUCCAUAUUCCACAUUGGCUGCUGUUGUAGUCCAACAACAGCAACAGAGCUUCUUCUUCUUCUUAUUAUUAUUAUUACAUUUAUAUCCCGCUCUUCCUUCAAGGAGCCCAGAGUGGUGUACUACAUACUUGAGUUUCUCUUUCACAACAACCCUGUGAAGUAGGUUAGGCUGAGAGAGAAGUGACUGGCCCAGAGUCACCCGGCUAGUUUCAUGGCUGAAUGGGGAUUUGAACUCGGGUCUCCCCGGUCCUAGUCCAGCACUCUAACCACUACACCAUGCUGGCUCUCAAGUUGGCUUCAAGUUGGCCAUCUGUUCUAUAAUCUGGGAGUCUUGUUCAUGUUACCAGUGCACAGUAGAUAUACAGGUGGCUACUAUUUGUACUUUCAGAAGUCAUUGACUUCCAUGUACUGGUAAAUUCAGCUACAAUAUUUUGUUGAGAAUUACCUCUCCAAACCUCUGAGAAUAAUCCUACAAUAUAUGUAUCACAUCUACACAAGGAGCACUACAGUCCCCAACACUUCAGACUCAUUAUUUCAAUUGUAACUGAUAUAGAUGUCCAGUAAAUCCAAUAUAUAUAAUUUGUUAAUUAUUAAAUUAUUGUUUGUUUUAAAAAAGUGAUGAGAAGGUGAG